GACCGAAAAUAUGUCCGUUUCACAAGCAUACCAAUCCAAUCAGGCUACCUCAUUGGCUGUAUACAAUCUACCCUGCUCAGCCGAUGAGACGGAAGUCCAGUCGAUAUUUCCCUCAGCUAAGUCAGUGAGCAUCGUACGCAGUCAUUCAGUGCCUCCACAGUCGAAAGGCAUGUGCAUCUUGCAAUUCAACAAUGCUCGUGAUUGUCAACAAGCCUACGAUGAAUGUCUUCAAGGCAAGGAAAUCGACGGUCAGCUGUUGCAUGCAGAAUUCAACGGGGGUAAGUCGGUCCUUUCAGUGUUGAUAACCACCAGGCUCAAAUUACAAGUGAUUCGGUGAUUAUUUCGUAUGCCCCUUACUUUUCCAGAACGUCGCUACAGUUCGUCAGAAAACUUAUACACUAGCCAACAGUAUGGAGGACAUUCCAGGGAUUUCAGACGUCCAUACUCAGAGAAUGAUUACGGUCACCAAACCUAUGACAAUAAUGGGGCUGAUGGUGACGGUCCGUCCAGUACUUCCUGUACGCUUACUGUAUCGAAUCUCCCGUAUUCUGCAUCAGAAAGGGAUAUUAUGCGUGAGUUUCCGGAGGCAUUACGAGUUGCACUCUCACUCGACGAACAAGGGCGUUCAAGAGGUGUUGCUCAUGUGACAUUUUCAAACUCAGAACAGUGCAGCGCUGCUCUCACCUCUUGUGGUAAUAAAAUGAUGGGGGGAAGACCUGUUCGUGGACGUAUUCAAAGAGAUCAGGAAAGCAGCCAACAGUCAAGUUAUAACAAUAAUAAUAACAACAACAACCAGAGGUCUUACCACCGUGAUCAAAGAGAACACGGUCAGCGUAACCAACGAGAUUUUAAUCAGCGCCACUUCAACAAUCGGGACCAUAGCAAUCAGCGUGAGAAUGGCAGUCAAAGAGACAAUAACCAACGUGAUUUUGGCCAACGGGACUUUGGUAACAGGCAGGGGAGACAGUUUGACUACAAUUCCGGGAGAGGAGAAAGAGAUGUGAAUCGUUUUCAAGGCGGGUCAGGAAACAGAGGCGGACCUCGUGAUUUUGGAAGGAACGACAGAUUUGAUCGGUCGGAUCAAAGACGAGAUCGCAGUCCAGCUAGGGGAGAACCAGUCCGCGGGUAUGGUAGUUCCAAAGGGCCACGGAUAACAUCAGCUGUGAUUCACCGCCCAGGAAAUGCCAGCCCCUCGGAGUCCUCCUCUUCCGACGAAGAUUGAGCGGCAUUCAGUAUCUUCUUCGUAAGAAUUCCCUCAAGGAUGCAUCAUUUGUGAAUUCUUUUACCGACUUGCAUAUUGCAGUCUAAACAUGUGAAUGCCCGUGGUCUAAUGUUGACAAUCCAUCGAUGUUGUAGUCCAAUAUAAAUUUUCACUUCAGCA